AAGAGGGAGAAACGAGCAGUCAAUCCAUAAUGGCGGCAUUUCCACCGCAAAAUCCGCCGGGGCCUCCGCAACCGGCCGUGCCGUCAUUAGAUCUCACGGGCCUAUGUUUUCGCGACCAAAUAUUUCUAAAUUUCGUUGGCGGAUGCCUCGUGCCGGGUAACGUGUUUGACUAUUUCGCUAACUCGCCGUUCUACGAUCGCACGUGCAACAACGAGCAGCUGAGGAUGCAGGGCAUUCAUCCUCUUGACACAGCGCGCCUCAGGGAGAUGGUGGGGUGGGAAUAUUCGCUGCACAUGGCACAGGAGCCUCAUUUGUUCGUGCUGCGGAAGCAGAAAAGGGACGGUUCAGAUCGCACCACGCCCGUGGCUGCAUACUACAUCCUGGAUGGGUCCAUCUACCAGGCCCCUUCACUGCAUGCCGUUAUUGGUUCUCGGAUCUGCCGUGCCCUGCAUCAUCUCCGGGCAGCCUUUUCUAUGACCCGGGCGGCUCUCGACAAUCCCGAAGCUGCCCGGUCAAAAGAAG